AUGGACGGUCUUCAAGUUGUGGGUAACAAGCGGGCCGGAGAAGAUGCGCCCGAGGUGGUUUACAUGAGAGGCGAUGCACCGGAGGUAGUUCCGGGGGCUGCACCUGAAGUGGUGCCUUUAACAACUUUACAUGCUGAGAAGUCGACCGUAGGCCUGACGGCCGCACCCUACGGGUAUCACCACUCACCUUCAACCUCACCGGCGCCACCCGAAAGCCAACCGUUAUUCUACCCGCCAGCACAUCUUCAACCAGGUCAAUAUGGGGACUCACCGGACAUGUACGACGGGUCGCAGAUGAGCUAUCCUCCAUCGCAGGCCGGACGUUCCACGGGGCCGCCAAAGAAGAAGAACGAGAGAAUUUGCGGUAUAAAAAGGACUCUUUUUCUCAUCCUACUUGCCGGUGGAGGUCUACUUCUCAUGGGGAUUGCGAUAGGCGUAGGAGUGGGAGUCGGCGUUGGGACCAAAAGCGAUAGCGCCGAAGCGAGGGCCACACCAAGUACAACACCCACAGCUACCUCAAGCACCCCAGCAGGACCAACCAACUGUCCAGACGUAGGCGAGAGGACGUAUCUCACCAAGAACGACAAGAAAUUCCUCCACACGUGUGGAAUCGAUUAUGGCGGCGACAACGAGGCCCACGACCUGACGAACGCAAAGACAACGACCUUUGACGAGUGCAUCGAGAAGUGCUCGACAACUGAAGGGUGUACGGGGGCGGGAUGGGAAGACCUCCAGGACGACGGGCAAAACAAGUAUCGCCGGACGUGCUGGAUGAAGAGUAACUUGCAAAAGUCGCACAACGCGGAGAUGAGCUACAGCUUUGCCGUGCUGGUUGAGUGA